UGAGAAGCUGAACAGUGCUGCUUCAUCCUCAGAGAAGGGACGUUUAGUGUCAUUUAUAAUCUGUGUCACUGCUGUGAGAAAGAGUAAAUGGAGCAGCAACUGAAGAAUCCGCCGAAUAAAGUAUCUCUAAUCAAAGAUGAGUUGAGUCGGAGCUCUAUGGAAGCCAGCGAGUCAGAGCAGGUGAUCCAGCAUCUGAACCAGGAGCUACAAGAGGCCCACGAUCAGGCCAAUGUGGGAAAGCAGAAAUGUGUGGAGCUGCAAGCACUUUUGGAGGAAGAGAAAAAGUCCAGCAAGCAGCAGGCAGUAGAAUCUACGAAGCAGAUGAAGAUUCUACAGACUCAGCUUCAGAAGUUCCAGGAUGAUGUGGAAAAUCUCAGGGAGCAGAAGGACAGUGCUAUCUUCAGCAUGCGACAGGAAUUGCAUGCAGCACAGGAGGCAGUUCAGGUAUUUCGCCGAGCCAUGGAGAAAAGCGCAGCUGAUAGGGAGCACGAGGUCAGCACUCUGAAGGGCAACCUGACGACACUAACCAAUGAGCUGGAGAAAUGGCAGUCGACUGCAAAUAAGUAUGAGCGGGAGAUUGACAACCUGCAAGCCAAUCAACAGCAACAGAACCAGCAAAGGGACAAAAUAGCUAAACAACAAGCAAGUGAACUGGAAAAGCUGCAGCGGGAAUAUGCAACCCUGCAGAAACAGUGUGGCUCUCUCAAGUCAGAGAGAGAGCAGCUAACUACGCAGCAGCAGAAGGAGAAGAGCACCCUGCAGAGUGAAUGCUCUUCCUUGCGUUCUGAGAAAGAUCAGCUCAUGAAGAGUCUGCACAAUCUGGAGAAAGAGCUAGACAGUUAUAAGAAGCAGAAUGCAGGUUUGAGCAGCACGGUGGAGGCUCUGAAGAAGACCCAGGAAGACCUGCAGAAACGGCUAAGUGUGUUGCAGGGGGAACACCAGAGAGACACCGCACAGCUCCACAGCCAGCUGGAGCAGAGCAAAACCAGGACCAAAGAGCUGCAGAAAGAGUUUGAGGACACUCAGGCUGAGUUGUUGGACCUUAAAGAAAGGUGCGAGCAGGCAGAGCAGGAGAAGGAGUCCCUUAGUGCAGAGAUGCAACAUUGUCAGGCCAGUCUGACUGCUCUUGCAGAGAAAAGCAAUCAGGAAAUAUGGAUCAAGUGGAUGCCUGUCGCUGCCAUAAUGGUUGCUGUGACAGCGUGUACAGCCUUUGUGCUUAAAAAGGCCUCAUCCUGAGUAUCUGACAUACUGGCAUACUACAGCUGCAUGUAUUCUUUCAGCACAACAGUAUAUAAAUAUAGUAUAAACGGGCCUAUAGUGAGAAUUGCAUUAAAGACUGAGGGCUUUUUGAUUAUUUAUAUAGAGAUCCAUAUCAAAUACAGUUCUGAGCAGCAGCUGCUGCAGUUUUGUUAAGUGUGUGCAGUUGUGGGGUGCAACUGCUAAUGUUCCCAGGAAGUGUUUAUUUUGUUAAACCAAUGUCUAGUGUUUUGCCUUUGUGAGUAAUGCCUGCGAGUAUCAAGUCAUUCACUAUUGCCAAUCUAUUGCCAAUCGCUCACUCAAACACAACCAACCCUGAAUAUGUAAACUAAACUAACUUAUUGAAGAAAAGCUACAUCAGCAGCACAAUAGAAAUCUUGCAUAGUAUGAAGACAGGCCUGUUUUUUGUUCCCCCUUGUGUACUACCUUCUUAAUGUUUUGUGUAUAUAGAUAACAGUUUAGACCUGAAUUUAAUUUGAUAUAAAUGUUCAUAUCUAUGCACUGUGCCGUCACUGUUCUGUGGCUUUCAAAUAUUAAGCUAUUAACAAUCACUAUAUUGCACUUGAAUUUAAGAGCACUAAGUUGUCCCAAAGAGACCUGUAACAAAGGAAUUAUUUAAUGCUUGGUAUUUUACUGAGACGUUUGCUCCAAAUGGAUUUAACAAUGUGUUACUUGCAAUAGAAAUAUUACACCAAUUAAAAAUUAGUUAUAUAACUGUGUUGUUAUUGGUCCUUGUUGUUGCCCAUCCUUUGAUUGGCCUUGCUUGUGUUUUUAUUAUGCUCUUAUGUAAUCCUAGGUGAUUAGAGUUGCCAUGGAGUAUAUCCUUAGCUGCUGUCCUAAAGCCCUGAGAGAGGGGUGCUAUUACUGUUGGCAUAACUGAGGGCUGUAGCCAAAACCAUCUGCAGUAGCAUCAGCCCCAGUAGAGGUUUUCACCCAGUGAGACAGACCAACCACAAAAGAUAGGUGCUGGUUUGCUAGGAACAGCAAAGCACUGGAAACUCCAAGUGGACUUUGGCAGACAGCUCAGUUUCCAAAUAGCAUUACAGUAGCCACCCGUAGACCAGAUAUCAUCUUGAUAUCUGAUUUAAUGAGAAAGGUAGUCAUGCUGGAGUGGACUAUAACUUCAAGAUUAUAAGAUCAGAUGGUGGAGACCAACAAGCAAAAGAAAGCCAAAUAUGAGUGGUGCCAACUGUUUCACACUAAUAAAGAUGUGCAAUAAAUUGAGUGUGGAUUAACAGUAUUUUACCAAUUAAAACAUAUCAAGCCAAA